GGGCGGGCCGCGCCUGUCAGCGGGCGGCGGGAUGGCGGCGCUCUACGCCUGCACCAAGUGCCACCAGCGCUUCCCCUUCGAGGCGCUCAGCCAGGGCCAGCAGCUCUGCAAGGAGUGCCGGAUUGCUCAUCCCAUUGUUAAAUGCACUUACUGCAGGACUGAAUUCCAACAGGAAAGCAAAACCAACACAAUAUGUAAGAAGUGUGCUCAGAACGUGAAGCUCUACGGCACACCAAAACCCUGCCAGUACUGCAACAUCAUAGCAGCAUUUAUUGGAAACAAGUGCCAGCGUUGUACCAACUCAGAGAAGAAGUAUGGCCCYCCUCACUCGUGUGAGCAGUGCAAGCAGCAGUGUGCGUUUGACCGGAAGGAUGACAGGAAGAAGGUGGAUGGAAAGCUGCUGUGCUGGUUGUGCACAUUAUCCUAUAAACGGGUCCUGCAGAAGACCAAAGAGCAAUGCAAACACCUGAGCAGUUCUUCCCGAGCCAGCCUGCAGGAGAAGGAGCAGUUCAGCAGGCUCAGCAGUGGCAGUCACUAUAACAGCCAGAAAACUUUAUCCACGUCUUCCAUUCAGAAUGAAAUCCCAAAGAAGAAAGCCAAGUUUGAUGCCAUAUCUGCCAAUGGUGACAGCGUUCCUUCCUCUCCCGAGAUGCUUUGCCCCCUUAUCCAGAGGGCCCCGUCCACGUUGGCGCAGUGGGCUGCUUCCCAACAGACUCUSGGGGCCCACCAUUGUCCUGUUGCUCAAGGCAUUGACAUCCUGAAUUUUUCUCCAGACCUCGCCCUGGACUCCCCUGGCACUGAUCACUUUGUCAUCAUUGCCCAGCUGAAGGAGGAAGUGGCUACUUUAAAAAAGAUGCUGCACCAAAAGGAUCAGAUGAUUCUGGAGAAGGAAAAGAAGAUCACAGAGCUGAAAGCUGACCUGCAGUACCAGGAAUCGCAGAUGAGGGCAAAGAUGAACCAAAUGGAGAAGACACACAAGGAGGUCAUGGAGCAGUUACAGGCCAAGAACAGAGAACUCUUGAAGCAAGCAGCUGCCUUGUCAAAAGGCAAAAAGCCUGAGAAGUCAGGAGCAAUAACCUCCCCUUAAAGCCAASCCCUCAAGCUGGGAGCUUUCCCCAGAAUUAGCCAAGGAGUCUGGGAGACCUGCUGGAUCGCUGGAAGCCAAAACCUCUGUGUUGUCUCUGUGCCACUGCUGUGGACUCCGUGGGAAUUCCUGAUGUGUGUUGCCUUCCAACAGUAUGCUCGAGUGUGGCCGGUUUUGAUCCRUGGGGAGAGGCCCCAGCCUUCCUAAAUCCCCCCUGAAAUACCGUUUUCUGGAAGAAAUCUUUUCCUCUGCUAGCACUGCCAGCCCUUUCCAUGAGCAAACAGGAACCUGCUGCAUUAAUGGUUCCCAACCUGCUGCUGUGAGGGAAUUGCUGUGGCAGUUGUUCCACAGAUAAAAUGGGAGCUGCGCGUGGUGGGAGCUGGAUUUUUUUUUUCCUUGAACUGUUCCCUCUUCAAAAGGGAACUGAGAACUCACCAGUCCAACAGAUGUUCCUGGAAGGUUGGGCCACUGCUGACAACGGUUGAGCCAGCUCUUUGAAGAUGCUUCCAAAAUGGGGGCCAUGUAUUUAUCUUGGAAGAUUUUUGUGUUUGGUUUUGGUUUUUCUUCUUUUCUCUGUCAGCUUGGCAAACCAAACUGCCUGGUUUUGUAUUUCCUUGUUUUUCUGAUGAGAGCUUUUGGGUUGGGAGCCAGAGUGGAAUGAUACAGCCCCCAACCCACCCAAAAUUCCCCCCCUCAGUUCCCUGGUUACAUGGUGACCCCUGGGACUUCAAUGAUUUCUGCAGCUUGGUGUGUUCAAGCGUCUCUUAUUCCAUUUCUUUACACAAAGAGAGYUCAAGGCUUGGAUAUUCCCUCUCUUCUCCUUUUCCCUGCCCCUUGCAGAUGCACGGGCCAGGUUGGCUCCAAGAAAGCACUUUCUCAGGCAGCAGCCCRAGCCAGGGCGUGUUUUUUGGGGCGCUCCAGGGAUUUUUCUCCCUGCUGAUUCCAAACCAGCAGGAUCAAAGGGCUAUGAGAGUUCCCUGUACCAGGGAUGUGCUGCCCCGAAACAGCACAACCACCACUGACCCUUACAGCCAGGCUAGCUGGGGUGGGCCCCCCAGGUACCUCUUUUGGGGUGAUGGUGGAUAAAAAGCACUUGGAGGGGGAGCACCACACAACUCYGGGCUGGCAGGAGCUCUGCGACAUCCCAGACUCCAAUUGGGGGGUGGAGAAAUGUCUCAGGGCUUGGAGACCCCUGAGGAGGGGCUGAAGGUAGGUAAGAGAACUCAUCUUUUUGCUGCAGGGCGGCUGCUUUAUCAGGGCUUUGAUGAAGCUUUUUACUAGAGCUUGUGAUUCAUUUUUUCAUCCUUUUGUUUCUUAGUUGUUACUAAAGUUGAUUUUACUCAAAGGCACUUUUUUGGGAUGAUGUUGGCUUCUGGCACGGGAGGAGCGCAUUUCAUUGGACACUGCCAUGUGUUUUUUUCUUUUUGGUUUUUCUAAGAGACUUUUGAUGUGAAAAUAAGCAAAACCAGAAAUCGUUACACUUUGCCCAAGUGUGGCAGCAGGAAGAACUCACCCAAUUUUAUACUUUUAGAAAAUGAUGUGUAUUGGUGGGAGUUUUUUAACYGUGGGCUUUGCUUUUUUCUUCCCUCAACAUAUAGAAAUAAAAAGAGGGAGAAAGGCCCUGUAAAUACUAUUCAGUUGGGUUUUUAAUUGUGAUAAAUUGCUCCUGCUGUCGCGUAGAUGAUUUGUAGCACCAACAUUGUUUCUUUGUAUGUUUGUAAUAAUGAGAUUUUCAAGGGACACUUUGAUUUGUACAAAUGACACCUGUAAAAGGGAUUUUAAAAAUCCUCAUCUGUGGCUGACAUUUUGUUUGCUUUAGAAAAGGAAAAAACCAAAGCAACCAAAACACCUUUCCCUGCCUGGAGCUGAUUUGUCUCUUGCUCUGGGGUUGGGAGUUAUGGGAUGGAGAUGGUGUUUUCCCAUCGUUUGCUUCGCUCCUACUUUCUUCUUUCUAUCUUUAAAUCCUCCCAUCAAGCCUGUUGCUAGGAUUCUGGUUACUUGGUUACAUCCAGCUUCCCAGGACCCAUCCAGCUGUAUCUGAUGAGAYUGAUUUCUUAUUUUCUUCUUCAAACACUUGAAGGCAGAGCGUGGAAACAGCAUGGUCUUGGUAGGAAAAACAAAAGAUGAGGAUAAGGAAAUUGUUUCUUUUAAGAUACAGAUGGAAAGGAGGUGAGUGAACCCGAUGUGUGGCUCUAACAUCUUUCCCUCAGCCCCGUGACGGUUUUUUUAAGCUYGUAGUUUUCCAGUGCAAAAGCUCCCCAGAGAUUUCCAUUUGGAAAUUCCCCCAUUCUUGCAGGAGCUGUAGUUUAGCAUUUUCACCAAACCGUAGAAUAUCCCAAGUUAAAAGAGACCCACAAGACUCAUUUUGUUCUCUCCUCAUGCUGUGGGUGCAGGCUCCUGGCAGAGCUGCUGUGAGAGGACGGAGGUGCUGCCAGCAGCCCCAGACUGCUCCAUGAGCACUGGGAGCCAGCCAGGAGCAGUGCUGAGGCUGCAGCUAACCAGCGCUGCCGGCUGCGAGCAGAGAGGGGAUUCYGUGCUGCUCCAAACCCUGGAGCUCUGUCCACCCAGCUGGGCUCGGCCCCUCCUGCCUCYGCUCGAUAUGCACAAGUCAUCUGUGGGCCAAAUGGCCUCCUGGCACAGCCCUUCUUGUCUUCUGAUGGGGUAUUUUUAUAUUUAAUAUUUGGCAGCAUCUCCAGCUGGAUCAUCACCUGAUGCACACCCACAACCUGUCCCUCUAAUAUCCAGAGCUUUUGGGGGGRCAGAAAGGGGAGAACAGAAGCAGCCUCACCCUUCCCCUCCAGAUUUGCUCAYUCUGUGUUACUUUCA